GAAAGGAGUGGCAUUCAAGUUGUAAAAUGAAGUUGCUUUUCGUUGUCACCUUUUUCCUCUGCAUUUCUGUUGGAUACGGCUUGAAGUGUUACAAAUGUGUGAGCACCGAAAGCUGGGAUGACUGCAACGACAUCAAAACAGAAAUGGAUUGUUCUGCCAAAUACGAUCGCUGCUAUAAAGUAUAUGCAGACGUAAAAGUUAAAGGUGCAUCCGUUGAAGAAUAUACCAAAGGCUGUUUCACUGAAGAUGAAUGCAAUACUGACCUGAGCUCUUUCUGUAAAGGCAAAGGAAAAUGUAAACUGGAUUGUUGCUCCGGUGACCUGUGUAACGUCGCCACACUACAGAAAGUCAGCGCCGCUGCUCUUAUCGCAUGCACUUUAAUGGCUUUGCUGUAUUAGAAUGAAAAGAUGCAGUUUUCUUAGUUGUUGUUGAACUUCGUAGCUAUAGACAGAACCUAAUGCAGUUGUUAUUAAUAUUUUUCGUAUGUUUCCUUUUUUAAGCAUUGCAAACAAUACCUUUAACCACGUCUUAUAAACAGAUUAUUUUGAAAA